CUGAGGUGGGUGUUUUUACACUCUCUCCCUCCUCUCCCUUCACUCUUUGCUCUCAGGCUGCAAUGAGGUUAACAGCCCUUUGCGUAUGUGGGACCCUGCUGGCCUUCUCAAGUCUCUCUUGGAUCACAGCAGACUCUGAUGAAGGAAUACUCCUUGUGGAUAAAGGAUUUGGCCCCUGCACUGUAACACUGACGCCUGGGGGGCCGUGCAGACAGGUGCAGCAUGAGAGCACGUGCCCUUACUUACUCACUUUGCCACCGCUGAGGAUUCACCUGCCACAGCAGCUCAAAGAGCUGGAGAAGAUCGUGGAGGACCUGCAGAAGCUGAAGGACAGUGUGGAUGAACUGCGAGAGAUCUGCGCAGACUGUACAGUAAGCCAAACUGAGAGAGAGUGUGGAAGGCAAAGAGAGAAUGAGCGUGAGACGCUGAGUGAGGGGACGGAUAGACGUGAGGAUGAGAGAAACUGGGUGAAUGAGAGACUUCAAGAGAAUGGUUUUAAACAAGAGUGCAGCACAGUCAGUGUUAUGGAAGGAGAUGGACACUUGGAAAAAACAGGCACUCAGGAAGAGAAAGAAAGAAAGAAAUGGGAGACAGAAAGAGAGAGCAAUGGAGGACUCAUAAAAGAAAAUGAGGAAGGAGAAACUCUGACAGAAGUGCUGGAAACUGAUGGAACAACUCAAUCGGACAGAGGAAAAGGAAAGGACAAAGUGGUUCCAACAAAGGUAAAUACUGGUGGUGUAAAUGAGGGAACAGUAGGAGAAAAGGUUGCUGACAAAAACAAUAGGCAGGGGGAGAGAGACAGAAAUAAAGACACCGCCGGAGAAGAGAAUUCAAAGGGAUAUCAAGAGAAUAUUCUGGAGCAUGGAAAAGAAAGAAAGACUUUCACUAAUGUAAAUAAAACUGAAGAAAGUGGUCAUCACGUGUGGCAAGAUAAAACAGAGGAAAUAGAGACGCAAACUGAAGCCAGUGAUAGGAUAAAGAUGUCAGAGAACCAUGAUGAGAAUACAAAUCAGGAGCAAGAGCAGAGCAGGGAGGAGAAGAAAAAGGAAAUGGAAAAGAGAGUAAAAGUAGAGCAAAAUAAUGAGGAACGAAAACAGACCGAAAGCAUCAGGCGCACUGAAAAAGAAAAGACUAUAAAAGAGGGGGGCGAGGGCAGGGAGACGGGAAAGGAGAUCAAAACAGAAGACGAAGAGACAGAGAGUGGAGAGGGAGACGUUGAUAGAGAAUUACCGUCCAGCAAAGCAACUAAAAGGACAGACUUUGUUUCAAUCAGCCCAACUCCUCACUCUACAAUUAACAUAGCUCUAGGGCUAGACUCUGUGGACUCGAAUGAAGCUACGUCAUCUAUUCCAUCUCCCCCUCUGCCCAGCUCCACCUUGCAUUAUAUCACAGAUGUCAGUCACGAGAUAACAACCCAAAACACAGGCCUUGUAGCAGCUGGGAUUUCUAAGCCUCCAAAACCUGAUGCAAAGACUCACACAGAAACUACAAUGAGCACAGUGAGUGGACAACACAUAACCAAUCAAACUACUACAUCGAGGCCAGGCCUCCACAGUCACAUUAGUUCAACGACGACAACUACAGUCUCCAGAGCUCAUCAUCAGGAUUUAACUGUAGGAGCUAAAAAGAACAUGAGCUCAAAUACUAAGAUUGGAGCAAAACCUCUGCCAGGCCAAGGACCAAAGCCUGGCAAAAGACCAAAAUACAACCAAAAGAAGCAUCCUUUUCACCACAAACCCAGAAUUGACCAAAGACCUAAACCUAAACCUGGAAAAGACCCAAAAGGAGUCGAAACUUCAAAACCUAAGCAAAUAAUUCCCCCUCAUAUUUUACCCACUGAUCAAAAUUUGAAUAACAAUUCUAUACCUAAACAUGGCCAAAAUUAUACACCUGAUCAAAACAAGUUACCUAUUCAAAAGUCAAAACCUAAUGAAAAGACUGUGACUCCUAUUUGGACACCUCCACCACAUCAUAGACCUCAGAAUGAAAACACGACCAAAUCUGAUGAAUAUCCUGGAAUUGACCAAGAGCACGAGUCUGAUCACAUUCCUGCUACUAAUCAAACCGAGACUGAACCGCAAAUGUCUUAUUCUAAUCAAGGUUCAACACUGCGAAACAAGACCAGACCGGAUCUAACGAAAACAGCCCCCAACCAAAAGCCUAAAAUCACCCAGAUCAUCCCUACAAAACCCAAACCUGUCCAAGAGCCUGAAUCAAAAGAAAGUCCAACAGCUAGCUACACAGAAAAACCUAAACAAAAGGAGACAUCUGAUGAAAAUCCCUCACAAGUGUCUAAUUCUAAUCAAGAUUCAACACCGCGAAAGAAGACCAUACCUGAUCUAACAAAAACACCCGCUAACAAAAAGCCUAAAACCAGACAGAACAUCCCUACAAAACCCAAACCUUUCCAAGAUCGUGAUUCAAAAGAAAGUUCAACAGCUAGCUAUGCAGAAAAAGCUGAACAAAAUGAGAAAUCUGAUGAAAAUCCAUCGCAAGUGCCUUAUUCUAAUCAAGAUCCAUUAACUGGAAAGACGACUAUACCAGAUCUACUGAAAACACCCCCCAACCAAAAGCCUAAAAUCACCCAGAUCAUCCCUACAAAACCAAAACCUGUCCAAGAGCAUGAAUCAAAAGAAAGUCCAACAGCUAGCUACACAGAAAAACCUAACCAAAAGCAGACAUCUGAUGAAAAUCCCUUACAUGUGUCUAAUUCUAAUCAGGAUUCAACACCGCGAAACAAGACCACACCUGAUCUAAUGAAAACACCCCCUAAGGAAAAGCCUAAAACCAGACAGAACAUCCCUACAAAACCCAAACCUGUCCAAGAGCAUGAAUCAAAAGGUAGUUCAACAGCUGGCUAUGCAGAAAAAGCUAAACAAAAUGAGACAUCUGAUGAAAAUCUAUCACAAGUGCCUUAUUCUAAUCAAGAAUUAUCAUCUGGAAAAAAGACUAUACCGGAUCUAAUGAAAACACCCCCCAACCAAGAGCCUAAAAUUAGCCAAAUCAUCCCUACAAAACCAAAACUGGCCCAAGAGCCUGAAUCAAAAGAAAGUCCAACAGCUAGCUACACAGAAAAACCUAAACAAAAGGAGACAAUUGAUGAAAAUCCCUCAUAUGUGUCUAAUUCUAAUCAGGAUUCAACACCACGAAACAAGACCAUACCUGAUCUAACGAAUACACCCCCUGAGGAAAACCCUAAAACCAGACAGCAUGUCCCUACAGAACCCAAACCUGUCCAAGAGCAUGAAUCAAAAGUAAGUCCAACAGCUAGCUAUGCAGAAAAAGGUAAACAAAAUGAGACAUCUGAUGAAAAUCCAUCGCAAGUGCCUUAUUCUAAUCAAGCUCCAUCAUCUGGAAAGACCAUAUUGGAUCUAACGAAAACACCCCCCAACCAAAAGCCUAAAACUAGCCAGAUCAUCCCUACAAAACCAAAACCUUUCCAAGAGCCUGAAUCAAAAGGUAGUUCAACCGCUGGCUAUGCAGAAAAACCUAAACAAAAUGAGAAAUCUGAUGAAAAUCCACAGCAAGUGUCUUUUUCUAAUCAAGACCCAACAUCUGGAAAGAAGACCAUACCGGUUCUAACGAAAACACCCCCCAACCAAAAGCCUAAAAUUAGCCAGAUCAUCCCUACAAAGCACAAACCUGUCCAAGACCCUAAAGCAAAAGGAAGUCCAACAGCUAGCUACACAGAAAAACCUAAACAAAAGCAGACAUCUGGUGAAAAUCCCUCACAAGUGUCUAAUUCUAAUCAGGAUUCAACACCGCGAAACAAGACCACACCUGAUCUACUGAAAACACCCCCUGAGGAAAACCCUAAAACCAGACAGAAUGUCCCUACAAAACCCAAACCUGUCCAAGAGCAUGAAUCAAAAGUAAGUCCAACAGCUAGCUAUGCAGAAAAAGCUAAACAAAAUGAGAAAUCUGAUGAAAAUCCACUGCAAGCGCCUUAUUCUAAUCAAGAUCCAUCAUCUGGAAAGAAGACCAUAUUGGAUCUAACGAAAACACCCCCCAACCAAAAGCCUAAAACCAGACACAACAUCCCUACAAAACCAAAACCUGUCCAAGAGCCUGAAUCAAAAGAAAGUCCAACAGCUAGCUACACAGAAAAACCUAACCAAAAGCAGACAUUUGAUGAAAAUCCCUCACUCAUCUCCAAUUCUACUCAAGAUUCAACAUCUGGAAAAAAGACCAUGCCUGAUCUACCAAAAACACCCCCCAACCAAAAGCCUAAAAUCACCCAGAUCAUCCCUACAAAACCCAAACCUGUCCAAGAGCCUGAAUCAAAAGAAAGCCCAACAGCUAGCUACACAGAAAAACCUAAACAAAAGGAGACAUCUGAUGAAAAUCCAUCGCAAGUGUCUAAUUCUAAUCAAGCUCCAUCAUCUGGAAAGAAGACCAUACCAGAUCUAAUGAAAACAGCUCCCAACCAAAAGCCUAAAACUAGCCAGAUCAUCCCUACAAAACCCAAACCUGUCCAAGAGCCUGAAUCAAAAGAAAGUUCAACAGCUAGCUACACAGAAAAACCUAAACAAAAGGAGACAUUUGAUGAAAAUCUCUUGUACAUCUCCAAUUCUACUCAAGAUUCAACAUCUGGAAAGAAGACCAUGCCUGAUCUACCAAAAACACCCCCCAACCAAAAGCCUAAAAUCACCCAGAUCAUCCCUACAAAACCCAAACCUGUCCAAGCGCCUGAAUCAAAAGAAAGCCCAACAGCUAGCUAUACAGAAAAACCUAAACAAAAGGAGACAUCUGAUGAAAAUCCAUCGCAAGUGUCUAAUUCUAAUCAAGAUCCAUCAUCUGGAAAGAAGAUCAUGCCUGAUCUACCAAAAACACCCCCCAACCAAAAGCCUAAAAUCACCCAGAUCAUCCCUACAAAACCCAAACCUGUCCAAGCGCCUGAAUCAAAAGAAAGCCCAACAGCUAGCUAUACAGAAAAACCUAAACAAAAGGAGACAUCUGAUGAAAAUCCAUCGCAAGUGUCUAAUUCUAAUCAAGAUCCAUCAUCUGGAAAGAAGACCAUACCGGAUCUAAUGAAAACAGCUCCCAACCAAAAGCCUAAAAUUAGCCAGAUCAUCCCUACAAAACCCAAACCUGUCCAAGAGCAUGACUCAAAAGUUAGUCCAACAGCUAGCUACACAGAAAAACUUAAACAAAAGGAGACAUCUGAUAAAAAUCCAUCGCAAGUGUCUAAUUCUAAUCAAGAUCCAUCAUCUGGAAAGAAGACCAUACCGGAUCUAAUGAAAACAGCUCCCAACCAAAAGCCUAAAAUUAGCCAGAUCAUCCCUACAAAACCCAAACCUGUCCAAGAGCAUGACUCAAAAGUUAGUCCAACAGCUAGCUACACAGAAAAACUUAAACAAAAGGAGACAUCUGAUAAAAAUCCAUCGCAAGUGUCUAAUUCUAAUCAAGAUUUAAUACCUGGAAAGAAGACCACACCUGAUCUACUGAUAACACCCCCCAAACAAAAGCCUAAAACCAAACAGAGCAUCCCUACAAAACCCAAACCUGUCCAAGUGCCUGAAUCAAAAGAAAGUUCAACAGCUAGCUACACAGAAAAACCUAAACAAAAGGAGACAUCUGAUGAAAAUCCAUCGCAAGUGUCUAAUUCUAAUCAAGCUCCAUCAUCUGGAAAGAAGACCAUACCGGAUCUAAUGAAAUCAGCUCCCAACCAAAAGCCUAAAAUUAGCCAGAUCAUCCCUACAAAACCCAAACCUGUCCAAGAGCAUGACUCAAAAGUUAGUCCAACAGCUAGCUACACAGAAAAACCUAAACAAAAGGAGACAUUUGAUGAAAAUCUCUCGUACAUCUCCAAUUCUACUCAAGAUUCAACAUCUGGAAAAAAGACCAUGCCUGAUCUACCAAAAACACCCCCCAACCAAAAGCCUAAAAUCACCCAGAUCAUCCCUACAAAACCCAAACCUGUCCAAGAGCCUGAAUCAAAAGAAAGCCCAACAGCUAGCUACACAGAAAAACCUAAACAAAAGGAGACAUCUGAUGAAAAUCCAUCGCAAGUGUCUAAUUCUAAUCAAGAUCCAUCAUCUGGAAAGAAGACCAUGCCUGAUUUGCUGAAAACAGCACCCAGCCAAAAGCCUAAAACUAGCCAGAACAUUCCUGUGACACCUAAACCCACCCAAAAGCCUGAAUCAAAAGAAAGUCCAACAGCUAGAUAUACAGAAAUACCUAACCAAAAGGAGACAUUUGAUGAAAAUCUCUCAUACAUCUCCAAUUCUACUCAAGAUUCAACAUCUGGAAAGAAGACCAUACCGGAUCUAACGAAAACACCCCCUAACCAAAAGCCUAAAACCAGACAGAACAUCCCUACAAAAUCCAAAACUUAUCAAGUGCCCAACCAACCAAGACAUACAAAACCUGGGACAAGCUUCAAGCCAAAACCGAAUGUAAGGCCCAAAACUGGCCCCAAACCACCAGAAACCAGUCACAACUUUAAAACACCUAAGCCUGGAGAAACGCCUAAUCUGAAUGCCAAGCCUGCACCUCGGGCAGAGUCGAAUAGAACGUCAAAACCAAGGCUUCCCUUCAUUUACCGACCACGAAGCAUGCCUACAGUUAGGCCAGGAGCAACACCAAUUCAAAGGCCAAAACCAGCAGUGCAACCAAAGCUAAGUCCAAAGACCAAAACAAAUCCACCUAACAUCAGCUGGACUACUUCAGAUCACACCCAAACCUCUCAAAUCAACACACCUUCUACAUCUGGCCCCAUAAAGCAUACUGCUGAAGUGACUCAUUCCCCAGGGGACAGAGAGUUCAAUCCCAGUCUAAGGAAAACUAUCACUCCAGGUCCAAAGACCUCCAACAGUCUGGAAAAUGGAGCCUUCCCUCACCUUCAAAGCCUGCCUGAAGAUUCCACUAUGAGCCCAAACAACAGGAUUGUGUCUGAUCUGAGGCCACAAACAGCCAGUCAACCAGCAUCAAUCCCAAUGACAACAAAACCAAACAAAAUCAUCCGUGGGAUCCUCACAAGUGUUAUCCCUAGCACCACUCCAGGAUCCUCACAGUCAGAUAUAAUUACAAAUUCUGGCUCAGACACACAAACUGAGAAACAUCACAAGAUGGACGAAAUAGCUCCUGCAUUCUCUACAACUCCUUCUCCCAUAUCUCACACUAUCUCUCCACCCAGCCCUGACUUCAGGUCAACAACUGCGACCACCCCUGGUCCCAAGCGCCCCGAGCUCCCCGAGCUCCCCGAGCUCGCGGCCGAAGCUUCCACUCCCAGUGCACGUGAGUUACGAGUGAAAAUCAACCAGGUGGCCGCUUUCUUCAAUAACAGCCUGAGUCCUAAUGGCAGACCACCAAACAUGCAUCACAAAGACCACUCAGAAGAGAACCAGGGAGGCAGCAGGCCUGACAGCACGGACGGCAAACUGCCAACAGACAAACCACCUAAAGUUACCAUGCUACCGAGAGACUGCUCGGACCACCUGCUCAGGGGAAAAACAAAAAGCGGGCUUUACCUGGUGACCCCUGACCUCCGCACUAGUAGCUUCUCGGUGUACUGCGAGAUGGAGCAGGAGGGUGGAGGGUGGACCGUCCUGCAGCGCCGCCAGGACGGCAGCGUGAGCUUCAACCGCACCUGGGCAGAAUACCAAUCCGGCUUCGGGGAGCUGGACGGAGGGGAGUUUUGGCUGGGCAACAACAUCAUCCACCUGCUGACCCGCGACAGGGAGAUGGUGCUGCGGGUGGAGCUGGAGGAUUUUGACGGGUUGACGGGGUAUGCGCAGUACGAGCAGUUCAAGGUGGCCAGCGAACGCCUGCGCUAUAGACUGACAGUAGGCAGUUACUCGGGCACCGCAGGUAAUGCUCUCCGCUUCAGCAAAAACUACGACCACAGCAACAGGGCGUUCACCACGCCGGACAGGGACCACGACCGCUACCCCUCCGGGAACUGCGGGGCCUACUACAGCUCCGGCUGGUGGUUUGACGCCUGCAUGAGCGCAAACCUUAACGGGAGAUAUUACGAUGGGAGGUACAAAGGUGUGCGAAAUGGGAUUUUCUGGGGGACAUGGCACAACAUAUUAUCAGAGUACUACCCCACCAAUGAGAGACAGUCUUUUAAGAGAGUGAGGAUGAUGAUCAGACCUAAGGGCUUUGUGCCAUAAGAUGUGCUGGGGAAAGAAAACAAGGGUUUAAAUACCAUCUUUAACGAUAAGCCCGCAGGAUACUCCAUAAAAGUUUAAUAAUGAAAUCUUGUGUACGCGCCACACUAUUUAACCAGUAAGACAAUACUGCCGCCUUGUGGUGUUUUCUAUAAUGUGUUGUUUACAAUAACAGAGGAUGUAUAUACUAGUGACAAAAGCAGGGUUGCUUAGUUUCUUUUAUAACCUUUUCAUAAUAAAGUUAUAACAUUAAUUUUGUCGAAAGGGGAAUUUGAAAAUGAAGAAAAUCUUCAUGUGAAGAGUUAUUUUUCUACCAGUGAUAUGAAUCCAGGGUGACCAGGUGCCCCACUUCACGUGGGACUGCAUGGCAUGUUUAUCCUUGUGCCCCCCUUCAGUCCAACCCAGGCCCCGCAUUUUAAGAAACAUGUGACUCAGACAGAGAUGUGGCGAUCCGUGGAUGCGUCGUUAUCAAACAGUAGGAUUAUUAGGGCUGUAGAAUAAGGAAAUAUAAGAGUGCACAAAGACUAUAAAGCUCGUUACAUACGCACCGGUUUCAAAUAAAUUGUCAUUCCUAUCACACCGAUGCUAACCCUGACACCAGCAUAGUUUUUGUGUAAUUAUUUUUUAUUUAUUUCUUCAGUAACAAAACAAACGGUUUGCCCCACAUGUAGUCUGUUGGGAUCUGGUCACCGUGACGGGUAUGUAGCAUAAGAGACUUUUAUUACAUGUACUGGAAGGGCAGUUCAUAGAUUGAAGCUGUCUGUGGUGUGUUGAAUGCUUUUGUUUUGUUAAAAUGAAUAAAAUGAGUUUACAGAAGCAUUUGCAUUCAGUUCGUUUUCCUCUGUAAUAAUCAGCAGCACAGAUUCACCAAAAUCCAAUAACAAAUAUAGUUAAAUUAAAAAUAACUACAAGUGCAACACCAGGGUCUUCCGACUCAUGACAGGCUGCUCCACCCCCACCAGGCUUCGGUAACAGGGGUCCAAACUCAUUUUUUCCUACAACCUUUGCGACGAACCUAACGUCACUUCCGACCUGAUAGCGUAAUCCGACUGAUUGGACAGAACCAGUAGAGGGGCGGUUCUAAGUUUCCGCCGUUUACGCAAGACGCUACAUCCGGUUUGUUAAGCGUAUGAGAGUGUCACGGAGCAACACCAGAAGUCGAUUACUUCCCCUUCAACUCAAAAUCAUAAACUUAAAAAAAAAAAAAAAAAGUAAGGUGAUGUGGAAAAUUAUGAUUUUUAAUAUUGGACAGUCCACAGAGCAUAGAGAGUAGAAGAGGUUUUGGAAAGCUUGAGCUUAGUGCAAAGCAAAUAUGAU